UUCUGUCUUCUGGUGUGUUCGUCUUCAAGUCGAUGAUGCUGAGGUUUGAGUCGAAAAGUCUGCAGGAAACAGCAUAUUCACUGUUGAUAGACAAGCAGCGGAGGAAACUACACGAGACGUACGCAAGCUACUUGGAAUCCCAGUACUUUGAAUCAAAUACCCCAACAAGAAAAGCGGGAAUAUUUAAGAAAAAGGCAGCAGCAAAUGAUGUUGACAAAACGGUUGUAUACGAUGUACAUACAUUGCAGUCUGUCUUUCCACAACUAAUCACGCACUGGCGCAAAGCAAACAAUACGAGUAAAGCGUUGGAGUAUUUGAUAAAAGCUGCAGACUCCGCCAUUGCCGUCAAUAAUAUGAUGCAGGCAAUAUCGUAUAUACUCCAAGCGAAGGAACUGGACCCACCGGCAUCACUCCAGGAUGAGAUUGACCAACUGGCCGCCAGAGCGACCAUGAGUUUGUUUGCGACGAGAAAGAGAAGAUUUGAUGUGAAAGUGCAGACAGCGAAGUGGAAAGUUUCCGCCAAAAAGAAGUUGGAUGAAACUAAAGUUGAAGAAGUAAUGGAGAAGAUCCAACCGGAACCUCCGAAAGUCGAAUGCCGUAAGAAACCGCAAAACCUCUAUCAAGCAAUAGGAAUCAUACCAACGACGACAAUAUUCGUCACUAUGUACCUCAUAUUUUUGUACUUUUACUUUUUGAGAGUUAUGUAAUUAUUUCAUUUUCUAACCUUUUUAAAAUUCUUUCCAUGAGAAGAAUUGACAUCAUAGCAAUUAUUUUAAUUUUAAAUACUAUUUUGAAUGACAUAAUUUAAAGUAAUAUUAAUGAUUAUAAUUUUACACCAUCAUGUAUCUGAUAAAAGUAUUUGCUUCCACUUUGUGCAAUAGAUUUUCCUUUACCUGCAUAAAUAUGCAAAUGUAUGCUAAUAUAUGUAAAUUAUCUGAAAGGUUCAUAAUGUUAAAUUGUAUAUUUAUAUAGAAAAAUAUGGCAGCAAUAAAUAUAAUCAU